GCAAGAAUGUCUGGUUUGUGUUUGUGUAUCUAAAUUAAGUGAACAAUUAUGGCUGCUAUCUUGAUCUUUCCGUUACUUUUCCAUUUCGGUCUCUCCAAUCCUUUGAAUUGGGCUCAUUAUAAGGAGAGCAAUCAACCAUUCGUGGGGUCGACGGAUUUUCUGGAGGGAGUACGGGAAACUAUUAUUCCGUCGAAUUUGCGGACGCAAAGAGUUUUACUUUGCUCUCUUCCUUCCAUAAACAAAUGCUUGAAUAGCAGCUAUUCGGUUCCGAUUGCUAUAAAUAACGAGUUUUUUGAAAGUGAUCUUAGAAAUACCAUCGGAGUUGAAGCACCCGAAUUAAUCGGAAAAGAAGCACUACUUCUUGGAGUUUUUUAUGAGAUUAGAGAACGUCGACCAAAUAAACCGUCAUUGGUUGUGAAGUUUAAACGUUUGGAUAACAUGUGCACCCCCAGUUGUUUUUACAGUAAAGACUGGAUACCAGUGCUACAACUCCAAACCAGUUCCGCUUCAAAUUCAAUAACACGGCCUAAGAAUAAACAUAGAAGUUUAUAUAAUGUCAACUCAUCUGAGGAUUUUGUCGAUGUAGACGUUGCGAAUAGUUACUCUGGAAAAAGAGAGCAGCCCCUGUACGUAGAGGAGCCCAACUAUUUGAUAGUCGGUAGGGAUGGAGAUAAAACUCGACGCUUGCUUCUCCUUUUAGAACCAGACUAUAAGGACGACCCGUUCAUACCGCCCCGGGGACGAAAGAAUUUGCCCCUUUUGGAGAGUUUACGCCAAGGAAACGAUAUUUUUGUACCGAAUCGCGGAAAAAAAGAUAAGCUCACCGACAUUUUUAAAUAUGACGAAACGUUUUUUCCUAAUAGGGGGAAAAAACAAAGCAACGGACAGAAAUACGCGUGGCAGCGAAUGUAAAAUUAACGUUAGAUGACUGAUACUUGCCUAGUUUGUCAGCACUCUUCCCUAUUUCGUUUUUACGCUAUUGGAAAACAAUAAAAAUACGCAAACAAUCACAAUUAUGCAUCCAGUCUGGUAUUGUGAAAAGCAAAAAUCUAUCUUAAAGUAGAGCAAAUAAAUAGUAGAAUAGAAGCAGUAAUUUGUUGGUAAGGACGCAUGAUACAAAUAAACAUAUGUGUAUGUA